GGUGUACACUGUAGAUAAUGUUCUUUCACUUCUGCAGGUGAACAACAUGGACUCACUGUGGUCUCCACUGAGCCUGGGUGCAGCAGCAGGACUGGGCUGUGGACUCGUCCUCGGUUGGUACCUUCGGGCUCGCUUGGGCCCGACCUCCAAAAACCUAAUGGCAGCGAUGGGGAACGGCACUGGUGAAGCAAGCGUGAUGGGAGAAGGGGGGGAGUUCAAGAUGGUCCUGGUGGUCCGGAAUGACCUGAAGAUGGGUAAAGGGAAGGUGGCUGCCCAGUGCUCCCAUGCCGCUGUAGCGGCUUACAAACAGGUUCAACGCAGGAACCCAGAGCUUCUCAAACAGUGGGAGUACUGCGGCCAACCCAAGGUGGUGGUGAAGGCCCCUGAUGAGGACACCCUGAUUGGUCUGCUGGCCCAUGCCAAAGAAGUGGGGCUUCCCGUGAGCCUGAUUCAGGAUGCAGGAAGGACACAAAUCGCACCCGGAUCACGCACCGUGCUGGGUAUUGGUCCAGGCCCAGCAGCUCUGAUCGAUCAAGUCACCGGAGACUUGAAGCUCUACUAGAGUCCCAGCUUGCAUCUGUCUGACUUGCAUACAAUGUCUUUGUUGUUAGAACUAUUUGCAAUAUAAAAAGUUGAGCUACCAUGAGUUUAUUUUUAUAAAACAAUUGACUUGAUUAUAUGUUAACUACUUUUUGGACAUGUAUACCUAUCACAUCUCAUUUGUUGACUCUUGAAUGGCGGUCUACUCCGUGUUCUGUUCAGUCCGACUCGGGCCCGUCUGAAGACAGGAUGCACGGAGAAAACGGAUCAAAUAUUUUUAAUCUCAUUAGAAACCCAGGACUAGGACCUGGUCAUACAGCAGGAACAGCACAGGUGUUAACUGGAACAUUAAAGGGAAACUUCCCUGAUUCUAAACCUG